AAUUCAUUUUACAUAACAUCAAACAAUUAAUUUUACACCGCCUGAAUUUGUGAUUUGGGUAACUCCGUGUUUUAAGAAGUUAUUGUCUACUACGAUAACUAGUUAUUUUCAGAGGCUUUUCAAAGAUGAGUAAUAGUCAACGUACGAAUUCGGAGUGCUUGGCUAUGACGAAAUCAACAAUGCAGCUAUCAGGGAAUGAAGUUGUUCAUGCCGAAAAUUACAAAUUUCAAACCCAUGAGGAGCAACCGUGUCCAGCAAAUCGCUUCGAUUCGAGCAUUCUGCCAACGGAUGAAUGUACAACACCAGAAUCAUACGAUACGUUCUUUCAAGACGCUUUCAAUGCAAUUAACACGGAAAUGGAAAAAUAUUAUUCGAGUUUGGGAAAGAUGGAAGAAAAAGAAGUAAACGUACAAAGCGAAAUCAUUUCCAAGACUGAAGAGAUGAAGAAACUAAGUCGAAUUCUGCGUGCCAAAAGAGAUAGUGCGUUGCAAGCCAUCGCGCAAUUGACAUCUCCUGUUUUCAAACGUAGCAAUGUUCAGGAUUAGCAGCAAGCAAUCAGUGGAACGCUUGAAAUUCAAAGCAAUUCGUGUUGCUCUCUCCUGUAUUUUUCGUUACAUCGUUUUCCUACGAUCUCCCAAGGGAUACACACAACUCGUUCUAAAAUCGUUGCAUCACUAUUUUAUUUCCUACUACUUUGUUUCUUUACUUGGGAUUCCUCCUUUAUUUCCUGUUAUAUCAAAAGUACAAACAUCAAGUGAAAUGGGCAAACUUGGCAAAUGACGAGCUUACGCAAAUUUUGUAAGUCACUGAGCCGCUUGGUUAUUAGUUCGUAAAAAAUUGUGCAAACUGGUAAUUGGAAGAGGUAAAUGGAGGAAGUGUUGAAAUUGU